UGCAAACGGCUCAGGUGAUGGUCCUGGAUUCUGGGCUAAUGGUCCAGUUGGCCGAGGAAGCGAAAAAACAGGCCCAAAAAAGCGGGUCACGGUACUCACCGUUCGAUAUACAACAGGUCACAGCUCGAUUGGGACAAACAUUUAAAUACGCCGUGCCGGAGGAUGUAUGUGUGAAUAAACGGCAUGCCGGAGAUUUUUAUUGUGGAAAACGGAUUUAA